CAGCCAGGCAGGCAGCCACCCAGCCAGCCAUCCAUCCAUCCAUCCAUCCAUAGAGCGGCUCUUCUCCUACGGAGAGUGUAUCCUCGACGAAGGUGGAGGCGAAGCGUAGAGUGGUACAUCUACCAUCGUCUCUCUAUCGGCGGAAUCCAAGGACUCGAAGACCCCCGUGUGAUUUCAGUCGGCCGCCGGCCGGCUCUGGCCGGCCACUAUCCUCGACCACGUGUGCAAGGUCGCCGCGUCGGCCCCUCUCGUCCGUUUUGGAUUUCCGAAGAGAGACGCGAAACGCCAACGAUCGGCCCGUUAUCGCGCCGGCAGAGUUGUCGAGAGAGAUCGUCUCCCGACGAUCUCCCGGGAGAGCCAUCCGAGUCGGCCGCCGGCCGACCGCGCUUCGAUUUUUCCGCCCCGUUGUUACGUGUGACAGUUCGCCGCGCGCCACGUGACAUCGCGACGUCCCUUCGUCUCUCUCGUCCGUCAGUUUCCCGAGCUUCGAAAAUGGAUAAAACGCCAUCCACCAUCGUCGACGACGUCGUCGUCGAGUAAGGUAGUGAGAACGGGUAGUUCGACGAGAGAGAAAACACGUCCGCAGAGUGUCCGUGACGAUCUCGCAGGGUGCCUGUAGAGAUAUCCGUUUUUCGCGAUCGCGAGAGCUAUGCGUGCGUUUAAACGCGAUCGAGAUCACGGAAAGAGAGAAGGGGACGGACACCGGCUCGCGGCGAGCGAUUGCGGGCUCCACGUUGAUUUGGGAGAUAAACAGCCCCGGUGUUGGUGAAAAGAGCGGAAUUUCCUUUUGUAUUGUGCGUCCGUGACCCGUCGUAGUAAUUAAGUGAGCGCGUUUGACGUAUAUGAGUGACGACUUGUGGCAUUGUGAGAUUAACUAGUCGUGUGUACUGAUUCCGGUCCCCGAGUGUGAGCGACCCGCGUUCGUGUGACGUAUCCUUGAGAUUCCAGGGUGAAGAUUGAACGUUCGGAUCUCGUUCGCCCGUAAGAAAGAAGUGAUUCGACGAUCUUGUUGGAGCUACGUCGACGGCGCGAUAUCGGCGAUCGACAAUCGCGAGUGGCACAAACUAGAAAAAGAGAGAGAGAGAGAGAGGAGAGAGGAGAGAGAAGAGAGAGCAGUAGCGUCAUAAUGCGCCGUGUUACGGCUAGCGCCGGCCUCAUCAUUCCGCGAAGCGCGAGCUUCAAGUACUUCGACGGCGUCGGGCUCGCCGAGAUGAGCGGUGGCAGCGGCGGCGGCGGAAACGGCGGCGGCAAUCAAGGUGGUAACGGCAAUGCCACGACCUAUCAUCAGCACCAACAGCAGCAGCAGCAGCAGCAACAGCAGCAACAGCAGCAACAGCAGCAGCAGCAACAGCAAUCGCAGCUGGAGCAGGCCGGCCUGCUGUCGGACCUCAAUGGCAUCGACCUGGCGAUGAGCCUGUCGCCGAAGCAGCACUCGUCCCACGUACAGGCCGCCGGCGGUGCCCACACCACCCCAUUCAGCGUCACCGAUAUCCUGUCGCCGAUCGAGGAGUCUUACCGGAAGCUCGAGCUCGCCGCCGCCGCCGCCGCCGUCGGUGUUGGUGUCGGCGUCGUGACCCAUUCCCAGGGCUCGCCUUACGGGAACGCAUGCGGUGCACGGGUGGGUGGUAACACCGGUAGCUCGAGCGCGAGCAGCGGCAGCCCGCCGUUGCACGGCGGUUCAACGCCCGGCGGCAGCACCCCCGGACCGGUUUCCGUUGCCAACGGGGCCGCCCCCGUUGGCGGCGGCGGCGGCGGCGGCGGUAGUGCCGGCGGUGCCGGCGGAGGCAUGAGUGCCAUGGGUAAUCCUUACGCAACUAUGCAGCUUACGUCGCAGUAUCAAUAUUGCGCCGCGGAAUUGUCACCGUACCAUCACGCCGGGCCCGGCGUGGGCGCCACGGCCACAGCCACGGACCCGAUGAGGUCCCACGCGGUUUCGUCGCACCAUCAUCCCUGGUACGCCCCGGCGCCACCGGCGACCAACGACCCGCGCUUUGCCAUCUCGCGACUGAUGGGUGCCGCGGCGGCGGGCGCCGGGACCAACAUGGCCGGCUGCUCGGUGGGCCAGUCGAUGGGCGACGUGACCAAGUCGUCGGGAAUGGGGGUGGGCGUCGGCGUCGGAGUCGGCGUCGGUAUGGGCGUCGGCGCGAUGCAAUUCCCCCUCGCGCAGAGACGGAAGAGACGCGUGCUCUUUACCCAGGCCCAGGUCUACGAGCUCGAAAGGCGAUUUAAGCAGCAAAAGUACCUCAGCGCGCCCGAACGAGAGCAUCUGGCGUCUUUAAUUCAUCUAACGCCCACGCAGGUGAAAAUAUGGUUCCAAAAUCAUCGGUACAAAUGCAAGAGGCAAGCAAAGGAAAAGGCCAUGGCCGAGCAAAACGCCCAGAAUCAGAGUGCAAGUUCACCACGGCGGGUGGCGGUGCCGGUGCUGGUGAAGGACGGGAAGCCGUGCGGGAGCGGCGGGGGCGGCGGGAACGAGGGUAGCCGUGGCGGGCCCAGCGCGGCCCUGGCGAGCCCGGCGCCGCACAUGACGGCGGCCUCGAGUCCCCAUGGCACCCAUCACGCGGCGACCUCCUCGGUGUCCCAUCACUCGGUCGUCGCCGGCGUCAGCCACGUGAUGAGCUCGAGCCAGAGCCUGCAGCACUGCUCGUACACGCGGUCCGGCGCGCAGCAGGGCAUGCAGCAGCAACAGCAGCCGCAGUGCGGCGCGUAUCUACCCCUGCAGGGUCGAGCCUGGUAGUGCGCGCCAUCCGCGGCGGGGGCCGCGGCCUACGCCAAUCCCUCCGUCGCGGGCCCAUGGGCCCUCGCCGCGGAUCCAGCUGCCUGGUACGCCAUACCCGAUGACAGUCCUUAGGGGGAGGGAGGGAAAACGGGAGGGAAUACGCGGGGACUCCGCGAUCUCGCGAAUCGAAUUCGCGAGCCGUGCGCGGCGCGGAAGCGGACGACGGCGGCCGGGAUGAACCCGAGCCUCCGUCACCGUCGCUCGUCACCCGGGUGCGGCUCAUCCGUCAUCAUGGAUGGCCGACUCGAGAGAUCGAGACCGCACUCUCUUUUCUCUUUAGAUGUUCGCUUUAAAGACGCUGUCCGGGGCCCCAAAGGGCUACCGAAGGGACGUAGUCGGUCUUUUCUUUUUCUCUCCUUCCGUCGGGUGUAUACGUGUGGUCACUUGUAACACGCCAGCCGACCGAGGAGAACGUGAUGUUACAACAA